CGCUGAUUGGCUGCAGUGCUUCUCAUGUGAUAGUCUGUGGCUCAGAACCGGGCGGUGGUGCAUUGGCAUUAGUGCGGCCAGUCUGAGGUUAGAAGGUAAAGUUGCCGCGGCUGCAGUGCGGAGAUGAGUGAGUCUCUGGUUGUUUGUGAUGUGGAUGCAGAACUUGUGGAGAAGUUGAAAAAGUUUCGCUUUCGAAAAGAAACCAACAAUGCUGCUAUUAUUAUGAAAAUAGACAAAGAUCGGCGAUUGGUGGUUCUGGAGGAAGAACAUGAGGGUAUAUCCCCCGAUGAACUGAAAGAUGAACUUCCUGAGAGGCAGCCAAGAUUUAUAGUGUACAGUUACAAGUACCAACAUGAUGAUGGCAGAGUUUCUUAUCCCUUGUGCUUUAUCUUCUCCAGCCCCUUAGGAUGUAAACCAGAACAGCAGAUGAUGUAUGCAGGAAGCAAAAAUAAACUAGUUCAGACUGCUGCACUCACAAAGGUUUUUGAGAUCAGAAACACCGAAGACCUCACCGAAGAAUGGCUAACUGAGAAACUUGGCUUUUUCCAUUAAUUUUUAUUUUCUAUGUUAAAGAGCUUACAGUGUUCACCUUGUACUUUCAGUUCACUUUUACAAGAUUUCUGCAUUCCACGAGGAUUUUCUUUAACCAAAAAUAAGCUGACAAAAUGAUGACACGUGAAACCCACUGGUUUUCAAAAGUUUUUUCACUCGGAUUAAUUCUUUAAGCUAUUUGUAGUGUACGCUGCAGCUUCUCUAGCAGCAAUACACUAUAAUUAUAAGUAUUUAUAUGUGUACCUGAAAUCACUGGGACAUGUUUAAUGCUUUACUAAAACCGUUCUGUUCAAAAAUGUAUUUCUUGCUAUGAAUACUAAUGUUUUUUUUUUAAUGCUGUGUUCUCAGAAUAUAGUUCAUUGCAGUGUGUAAUUUUUCAUCUUAUUUUUAGUGGAUUAUUUUGUAGGUACACAAUCUUAAUGACUGUGAUGUCUAAUUUUUGUGCUGUAUGCAAAAUGUACAUAAUCUUAUAGCACUUUCCCAGCAUAUAUGGCUGUCACAAUGGAAUUAAAGGACAAGGAAAGGUAAAUUCCCUGGGUGGUGCCAAAUUGUUACAUGCUCCCAUUUAUUCUAGUUGUUACAUUUUACCCUGGGCUGGUGCUCAUCUUCUUAAAAAAAACACACCAGCCCAGGGUAUUGUUUGUUUCAAACUCUGUGUCGAGCAUUGCAAUUUAAUCAUCAUUUGUUCAUCUAGGCAUGUUCUGUCGGUUACAUGCAUUUUACAGAACCUCUCCUUAGGGUAAGGUCACGCUGGGAGAUUCGGGGAUAUUUAUUUGCCUGGCGACAAAUCGCCUCUUCUUUGGGGCGACUAAUCUCCAUGAACUGCUUUCCCAUGCUUUCCUCAUGCAGCAAGUUCGGCCGACUUCGGAAAACGAAGCGCCGCGAGUGCCAUGCUGCUGGCGAUUUUGCCCAAAAGAAGAGGCAAUUAGUCACCAAUCUCCCUAAAUCUCCCAGUGUGACCUUACCUUUUCCUCAAGCAAGAAGAUGGUGGCUUGUUGCUCUGCAAGCAGUCUCCCUGGGCUGGUGCAUUUUAUUUAAAAAAAAAAAAAGUGAAGCACCUUCCCUGGGGGAAAGGUAAGCAACUAGAAACUCUAAAGGAGUGCUUAACAUUUUGGCAGCCCCCAAUGAGUUUGCCUUACGUUUGCCUUUAAAUGCAAUUGGUGUUUUACAGUUGAUCUUAUGAUUUUGAAAUACUGUGAUAGAAAAAUCUAUUUUACAGUUGUUUAAACAUCUACAGUUUGCACUUUUUCCCCAGCACUCUUCAUAUUUACUCUUUAAGGAGUUGUUCACCUUUGAGUUAACUUUUAGUAUGAUGUAGAAGGUGAUAUUCUGAGACAAUUGGUUUAAGGUUUUUGCGUUAUUUAUCUUUUGGCAACUCUUCAAUUUGCAUUUUAAGCAAUCUGGUAACUAGGGUCCAAAUUCCCCUAGCAACCAUCCAUUGAUUUGAAUAAGACACAGGAAUAUGGAUUGAAGAGGAUGUUGCUAGAAAGAAGUAGUAAAAAGUAGCAAUAACAAUACAUUUGUAGCCUGACCGAGCAUUUGCUUUUUAGAUGGUGUCAGCGAAACCCAUUUGAAUGCUCGAAAGAGUCAGAAGAAAAAGGCAAAUAACAAUAAAACUAUAGAAAAUAAAUAAUGAAGACCAAUUGAAAAGUUGCUUAGAAUUGGCCAUUCCAUAACAUACUGAAAGUUAACUUAAAGGUGAACAACCCCUUUAAUGCAACUGAAAUGAUUACUGGUCCAACUUAGGGUUAGCAUGGGUCAAUAGCAGUCUGCUGUGCAGCGCAAAUCGUUAUCUGCAGUCUCGAUUUGAGGAAGUGUUUUUCCAGGCAGAGUAAAAUAGAAAGCAGGGUUUGUAUUGAUUCUACCAUUCCAAAUAACCCAACAUAGUUAUUUGAGGGCUGUGUUCUGGGCCCUUAUUCAAACUGUCACUUUGACCUAAUGGAAUUCAUUUAGAUUUCCAUUGUGCAGAAGCUGUAGAAAUGCUGCUUUCCUCCAUGAUUUACAUUCUUUGGGAACUGAUCAAAGGGGAUCAUUGAUGACGGAACAUAAAUGUAGAUUUUUCUUACCUUUAUUCAAGGGUACAGUAGGUACUCCAGUCAUAUUCAAGGGUACAGUAGGUACUUCAGUCAGGGGCCCUAUAGCAGGUCCCAAGAGACACAAGUGAUUUGCGGGUUGCGAAAUGGGCAGCAUUUGUCAAUUGUGGAUGGAAUUUUGGAUUAUUGGUUGUAGUCUGAGUCCAUGCAUUUGGAGGGCAUUUUCCCCAAUGGGAUCUUAUUCUACUUGUUGGCAGGGCCCAACUCCCAGGCAGCCUAUUUGAUGAGUGGGCUAAUAUUGGGGCCUCCUGUGGGAGAGGGGGCCUGUUAACAUAGUAUAAUUGGGGCCAUGUGAUUAUAGCAGGAAACCCUGCUUUUGUUGAUAACAGAAUAUGAAUUCUCUAUAUUCUGAAAGACUUCUAACAGGCCUGUUUUUACUGUAAUUCCAUUUAUGUUUGCUAAUGUUAGAACCGGUGUUGCAUUAAAUAUGGUUUUAUUAAAGACUCUUGGGAAUCACAUUAUGCACAUGGUUGCAUUACUUCUUCAAGAUUGUUGUAGCAACAUCUAUUCAACAAGAUGAUAAUGGGUUGACUAAACUUACUGAUUUUUUUUAAUAUAGUGCCAGCAUUUUUUCCUGUUUCAAACUCUGUUUUUUCACGAAGCAGACAUUCGGACAUAUUUUAAGAAUAUGCUUUUGUGGUUAAGUACCGAUCUUUAAAAACCAGCUAACUUAAAGGGGAACUAAAGUCUAAAAUA